CCGCCCUUGAUUUCUCUCAUUCCAGAGUGCAUGAAGCAGCUGUGGGGAGAGUCACGGACCCCUGCGCAGGCUCAGAGAAUGUCACUCUGGCACCUCUUGGUGUCCCUCCUACUCUGUAGGUUGGGGGAUUCCAUCCCUAUUAUCAAUGAGCUUUAUGGAGAGGUGACAUCCCCGAUGUACCCCAAGUCAUACCCCAAUAACUACGAUGAUACCAGAGAGAUUGUGGUCCCCCAGGGCUAUUCCGUGAAACUUGUCUUCUGGCAGUUUGACCUGGAACCUUCUGAAGGCUGUUACUAUGACUAUGUCAAGAUCUCUGCUGACAAGAAAGACUUGGGUCGAUUUUGUGGACAACUAGGCUCCACACCAGGCAACCCUCCUAGCCAGAAGGAGUUUGUGUCUCAGGGGAACCAGAUGUGGCUAACAUUUCAUACUGACUUCUCCAAUGAGGAGAAUGGGACCACCAUUUUCUACAAAGGAUUUCUGGCUUACUACCAAGCUGUGGAUGUGGAUGAGUGUGCUGCCCAGGACAAUGUAAUUGAGAAGAACUCAAACAUAGGACUUCGGUGUGAGCACUUGUGCCACAACUCUAUAGGCAGUUAUUUCUGCUCUUGCCGCCCUGGUUAUGAGCUCCAGGCAGAUGAACAUUCUUGCCGUGCGGAGUGCAGCAGUGAGCUAUUCACAGAGACAUCAGGGUACAUCUCCAGCCUGGAGUACCCUAAAGCCUAUCCCCCUGACAUGCGCUGCAACUACAGUAUUCGUGUGGAUCGAGGCCUAACUAUCAACCUCAAGUUCCUAGAGCCUUUUGAAAUCGAUGAUCAUCAGCAAGUUCACUGCCCCUAUGACCAGCUCCAGAUCUACGCCAAUGGGAAGUCAUUUGGCGAGUACUGUGGGAGGAAGAGCCCUGGCGUCAUGGACACCAGCAGCAAUGCUGUGGAUGUGCUAUUCUUCACAGAUGAGUCAGGCGAUAGUCGAGGCUGGAAGAUCCAUUAUACCACUGAAGUUAUCAAAUGCCCCCAGCCCAAGGCCCUUGACGAAUUCACUGUCAUCAAUAACUUGCAAUCACAGUACCAGUUCCGUGAUUACCUCAUUGUCACCUGCAAACUUGGCUACCAGCUCACAGAGGGGAACCAGCAACUGAAGUCCUUCACCUCUGUCUGCCAGGAUGAUGGCACAUGGCACCGACCUAUGCCCCACUGCAAGAUUGUGAACUGUGGUGCUCCCAAAAACCUACCCAAUGGGAACUUCGAAUACCUUACUAAGGAGGGGAAAAAUACCUACCAAGCUGAGAUCCUUUAUACUUGUCAGGAGCCAUAUUACCGGAUGGUAAAUGGAGAAGAAAAUGAGACAUAUACCUGCUCAGCCCAAGGCACCUGGAAAGACAAAAAUGGAAAUGAGAAGAUUCCUCGGUGUUUGCCUGUGUGUGGGAAGCCAGUUAAUCCUGUAGUUGAAAAUCAGCGCAUCAUUGCAGGGAAGAGUGCUCAGCUGGGCAACUUCCCUUGGCAGGCUUUCACCAAUAUCUAUGGGCGUGGAGGUGGGGCACUACUAGGUGAUAGAUGGAUCCUUACAGCUGCCCACAUUCUCUAUCCUAAAGACAGCUCUUCAUUGCCAGAUGCCUCUAUAGAUGUUUUCUUGGGCCAUACAAAUGUGGAUGAAAUCAUGAAAAUGGGGAUCCGCCCCGUCCGCAGGGUCAUCAUCCACCCAGACUAUAAUCAAAAUGAUACGAACAACUUCGACAAUGACAUUGCUCUUCUGGAGCUAGAGAACAGCGUCCCGCUGGGUCCUCACCUCCUCCCCAUCUGUCUGCCAGACAAUGAGACCUUCUAUGAAAAGGGCUUGGUGGGCUAUGUCAGUGGCUUUGGGAUCGAGAGUCAAAAACUCUCUGAUGAUCUGAAGUUUGUGAGUUUGCCCAUGGCCUCACCAAACAACUGCCGGAAUUGGCUCAAUGAAAAAAAGAGUAAACAGGUGUUUACCACCAACAUGUUCUGUGCUGGGGACAAGACAAGGAAGCAAGAUGCCUGUCAAGGAGAUAGUGGAGGAGUCUUUGCUGUGAAGGAUGAAAGUGGAGAUCGUUGGGUAGCCACAGGCAUUGUAACACUGGUUCUCAAAGGCUAUGUCAAUAAAGCCUAA